AUGUCUACCGAAAUCAAGCAGAUCAGCACGCCCAAGGCGACCCAACCCGUCGCUCCCUACUCCCAAGCCAUCCAAGCCGGCUCGCAGAUUUGGGUCUCCGGCCAGAUCCCCUGUGACGCAGCGGGCAACCUCGUCGAGGGCAGCAUCGCCGACAAGACGGCCGCCUGCUGCGAGAACCUCAAGCACAUCCUCGAGGCGGCCGGCAGCUCGCUCGAGCGCGUGGUCAAGGUCACCAUCUUCUUGAACUCGAUGGACCACUUCGCCGAGAUGAACUCGGUCUACGUCAAGUACUUCGGCGCGACCAAGCCCGCCCGCUCUUGCGUGGCGGUCAAGGAGCUGCCCAAAGGCGUGCCCGUCGAGAUCGAGGCCAUCGCCCUCAGCGCUUGA